CGGAUUUGACGUCACGGCGCUCCAGUUCAAAUUUGAGGAAGCACAAUUCGUUUGUCAGCAAGGACGCCGACGGAUUAUUUUUACAACAAAUCUACGCUUAUUCCGUGACUCAGCAUGACAUCCAAAGGGGCGAAAGACAGCCUGGCCGCCAAACUGGGCUUCAAAUCAGGUGGCUCUUCCUCCAAAGCCGAAGCAGAAAUGGAACGAGUUAGGAAGGAGAACGCUCAUCUGAAGAAGAAGAUUGACGAGUUGGCCAAACGACACAUCAGGCCGCCCGACUCGGAGAAAAGCAAGCUGCUGGAAAGGAUUGUUUCGCUGGAGACUCUUCGCGAGAGGAACAAUCAACAGUUGCUGCUCAAGGAGCAAGAGUUGGAAACUGUCCGACGACAGCUGACGGCUAAAGGAGGAGAGGUGGUGGCGGCAUUGCAGUCCCAGCUGGACGAGCGACGCAAGGACGCCGAGCAAAGAGACCAACACUUUCAGAACCUUUCGCAGGAGACUGAGAACCUGAAAAACAAGCUAGCCACAGUAUCAGCCCGCUGCCAAUCUCUGGAGUCGCAAGCGACAAACGGACAGGCCUCCUCUACGGAAUUGGCCUUGGUACAGGACCAACUCCGAGAUGCUUUGGAGAAGAAUCAGCAGUGGCUGGUGUACGACCAGCAGCGAGAGGCCUACGUGCAGUCGGUUCUGGCCCGCACGCACGAGCUGGAGCAACAGCUGAGCCGGGCCAAGCAGCAGGACUCCGCCUCUACCACCGUCGACACGGCACAAGAGGCCAUUUCCAACUCCUCGGAGAGAGAUGAACUCGCCAAAGUUCGGGAAGAACUCCUUGCGGCGAAGGAACAGAGCGCGGAGAGUCAAACCGAGCUGCGACGUCAGACGGAGCUGGCGGUACGGCUGCGUGAGGAAACAGCGGCGCUGAGGCGGCGCUUCGACGACAAGUGCGACGAGCUGUCGUCUCUUCAGAGGAGGUUCAAGGAGAGCGCCAAAGAGCUGGAACAGGCCAAGGCGCAGUUGCAGACGGAGCGGCUCAGCAGCAGAAAUGUCGUUUCGGAGGAGAGGCAAGCGUCAUCUGAGCGAGUUGAUAGAUUGAGAGCUGAAUUGGAAAGCGGCGAUCUCAGGCUGGAAGAGGAGAGGAAGAGAUCCGCAGAACUUCUACUCCAAGUCAACCUGCUGCAGAAGUCUCUCCUCAGCCAAAAUGACGAGCAGAGGAGGGUCGCGGCGCUGGAGCAACAGAUUCAGCUCUCAGUCAAAGAUUUUGAGAACGAGAAGAAGGACCGUCAAAUCAUCCAGCAUCAGCUUCACAAAGUCCUCAAGGAGCUCCGUAAGGCUCGCGAUCAGAUUGCCAAAUUGGAGUCAAACAAGCAGCUUGGCAGUCGUUACUCAGAACCCAACUCCUACGCCAAACUGGACGUAGAACGCUUGACUCUGGAUGACCCAUGCUCGCCCACGUCGCCCCCCAGGGCGGUCGGCCUUCUGGAUGAGAGCUUCCUUGAGUGUCCCCGCUGCCAGGCUAACUACCCCACUAGCCGCCACCGGGAGCUGCUAGCCCACAUCGACUUCUGCUUGGCCUGAAGCGUCACUGUAAUCAUGCUUUAUUUCAAUUCUUGACUGUUUUUCAUACAGGCCAAGAUACGAACUUUUGCUUUGUCAUAUUUAUUCUUUUGGUUGGUUUUCCAGUGAGCAAAGUAUUAUUUUUUACGUUAAUUCCGCCUAAAUUAAGUGUGUAUUUCUAUCGUGAGAAUUUACUAUGCUAGAUAAUAUAAGACUAAUCAUGUCCAAAUAUUCUUAUUUCAGCAAAAGAGUUUUCAUUCUUCUUCCUUAGCCAAAUUGACAGUCUGUGUAGUUCCACUGUCACAUCUAGUGGUUGACAGUGGUAGUACACUCUCAAUUUAUUGGCUGCCAAUGACGGUGAUUAUUUUAUCUGGAUAAUUCAUUUUAUUAGACACUUAAACAUUUUUUAAAGUAUUUAAUCAGUGAAAAAUGGCUUGGAUGUCAAUUUCUGUCACUGGCAGCCAGUGAGUUAAUAAAGGGCAAAAUAUAUAAACAAAACGAGUGAUGGAAUUGGGAUUAAUGUGGAUUUAUACUUUGCUCUUUUUCAAAUUUAAGGGAUCAUGUUUGUGAUUUUGUGUAUCAGGGAUAAAACUUGAGGUAUUAAUUGAUCAUGUUUAUUAUUUCUCGGCACUCCAGCUGUUUUCUGUCAGCGCGUGUGACUCUUAUAUAUGCAUGUGGGAUGUUAUUUAUUUACUGUGGUGUUUGGAUGUUUCAAUUACUGUAUUUUUGGACUAUAAGUUGCACUUUUUUCAUCGUUUGGCAAGGCCUGCGACUUAUGUUUUUGUUUUUUCUCACUGACAGCUGUGAGUUUGUUGUUUAGGCUGUAGUUAUCCGAAUAACUUUUAAUAUGUUAACAGAUGCCUGCUGUUCUCCAUUUUACUAUCAUUACUUUAUGUUUUUUCUUGGUUUCUCGUAAAAAUAAAUAAAUAAAUAAAUAAAUAAAAAAAACAUCCCAAAAAUGCGACUUACGUAUACUCCAGUGUGACAUGUUUUUUUCUUUUUCAGUGUGCAUUCUUUGGCUGGUGCCACUUGAAAAAUAGUGUGAAAAACAUCGGUAUACUCAAUUUUUUGUGCUGACCUGUUGACUCGGCGCUUUUUAAUUUUGAAUCUUCACAUCACUUUUACUCCCCAAACUUGUCACACCGCCAACUUUGCGAGGCUGCAACAAGAUUGCAUGGAGUUAAUUCCUUGUACUGAACUAUUUAAGAGAGCAGAUUAGUCAUGUCGGUGGAGGGGAAAGGUGUCUUGGCAUGUGACUUUUAAGGUUGUCUUGUUUUUUUUUUUUUUUUUUUUUUUUUUUUUUAAAUUUAUCCCUUUGUAAUCAUGUGCUAUUUUCCCAAACUGUACAAUAAAAGCAAAGUGACUUCACCACG